AUGUUUGCUCAGCUUCAACAGUACCUGGCGCAUUCGAGGGAACCUUUCAAAACAUUUUAUGAUACAGAGCAGGAGAAAUGCUGCCGCACCGUGCCAAUGCGGGUUCUGGUGCUGGGUUUAAGCCGAACCGGUACAGAAUCACUUCGAAAAGCCUUGGUCCAAUUGGGAUAUAACGGCACAUAUCAUGGUUAUGCAGCGGCUGUGGAGUACCCACGGGACUGUGAAAUGUGGCUCCGGGCUAUGAGGGCGAAGUAUGAUGGCGUAGGAGCGCCAUUUGUCCAAGAGGACUGGGAUCAAUUGCUGGGGCAUUACCAGGCUGUCUGUGAUGUUCCUACGGCAUGCUUUGCAGAGGAGUUGAUGACUGCAUACCCGAACGCGAAGGUCAUCUUAACAAAUCGUGACGUGGAUGCAUGGUUCGAGUCGGUCCAGAAAACACUCGUUGCUAAUGCUUUUACUCGACGGGCUUCCUUGAUCUCCUUCUUUGCUGCGAUAACACGCAGCCCAAACCGAUGGACCCGACCAGUCAUGAUGUACGCCUUGUCUGACUUCUUUGGUGGCAAUUUCGAGCAAAAUGGAAAGCAAACCUAUCAAAAACACUACGACCGUGUGCGGGAGAUGGCUGCCGAGAGAAAUAUGGAGUUGCUUGAAUACAAGGUUACGGACGGAUGGGGCCCGCUAUGUAAGUUUCUGGGUCACAACAUGCCAGAGAAUCCGUUUCCUAGCGGCAAUGAUAAACAGGAGGUGAAUGCGAGGAUCAAAGCAAUCAUAAAUAGGGAAGUCCGACGGUUACUCCUGAUCUUUGCGGUGCUUCUCUCCUGCUUAGCGUUGAUUGUUUUUAUUGUUCUCCUAUCAGUUCGCGUAUAG